AUGUUUGUCCCGAUGCGGAUGGUCAAUAAUGAGAUACUGUUGCACAUGACGCAGCGAAAUGGGCGGGAUAUCGAAUCCACUGAGAUCGAUGAUACGCAGGACACCAGGAUGGAUGGCUACUCUGGAACUGAGGAUGACGACAACCUUGAGAAGCUGACCUACAAGGUGCUCAUGGAUGGCCUCGGCGUCGUUAAUGAGGCUCCAUCGCGGCUCACGAUGCAUGACUACUGUGAUCUAGGUCUUGAGGGUAUCGCUAAGUCUUGCAAGUCAGCGGCACUUCACCCCAGGAUCCGGCGCUCACCCUGA